GUAGCCAUGACUAGCCAGGUGGAUUCGGCAGCGUACUUUUCUCAAAGGGCCGCUGAGGUGUACUUGACGACCAGAGUCAUCACAGCUUUGCAGGAUGCAGGCCUCAAGACCCUAUCCCAGCUCGCUUUCUGCGUGGGACAACCGGGACAGCUGUUACCUCAGACAGAUUUUGACAAUUGGACGAACUCCUUGCUUCAGAACAUGACGAUAGGCCCGCUUGAGCCGUCUCACGGCCUCUUAGAUGCAGCCAUGCAACAGUGGGACUCUAGGUCCCUGAAACACAUUGGACCAGAGAAAUGCCACAGCAGAGAAGAAGAAGUUCAGAACCUCAAGUCUGCAGCAUCCACGGUUAGCCUGGAAGGUGGCAAACUGAAGCUGGUGGAUUCCAACAGCUUGCAAGAUUUGGAGAUUGAGGGCAGCUUGCAGGUUUUGCAGGCUCUCAGGCGCAGAGGAGUCGCUUAUCACUUUGCGCAGCUCAUAAGCUGGGAUGUCCAUGAGCGCUACAUUGACACACUUUUCAAGUAUGUCACUAGACCUGCGCAGCCAGGAUAUCGCAAGGUCUCCUUGCGUCAGGUCCUCAGGGCGGACAAGCUGGCGUUCGCUAAGCUUGCAGAGCAGGGCGAGGACAUUCGGGCAGACGUUAAUGGUAAGUUGCCCUUGGACAUAGCCAUGCAAAGCGUUCUUCAAGAAUAUGAACUCCUCGUAGCGUUGCUGCCCCUCCCUGAGACGGAAGGAAAAGGAAAAAAGGGCAAGUCUAAA